UCAGUUGUUGUUGGCUGCGCAAUGGUCGGUGAACAAAUUGUGGAAAGCGUUCCAGUAGCGCCCGCAAAUAAUUUAGGCGAAAUAAUCAAAUCCCUGGUGGAUUCUUACAGCGACAGGGACAAUGUUGCGCCUGCCAAUAUAUACGAGGACAAGAAGAUCUUUCCCAGUUUUCGCAGUGGUCCACUCCAGGAGUAUCGGGACAAGGCGAGCUUCUGCUAUAAACGCUUGAAUGUGCUGCUGGAGGGCGAAGACCACAUUCGUCUAAAGCACAAAAUAUGGCAAUGGAUGGAGAAACACCCAGACUUCCAACGUGAACCGGAAGCGCCCAAUCUGGAGCGUACCAGGGAGUUGGCCAACAAGCGUCAUCAUUUGCUGUGGCAACAAAAGUUCUUCGAUGUCAAUGAGUACCUGAAUACGCCAUAUUUGAUGUUGGCCUUUGGCCAGGCCAUAUUCAGCUACGAUUUUAGCUUCUCGGUCAAGUUCUCGCUCUCGAAUGGAAUGUUUCCCAGUACUCUGCUAACGAAUGGCACCGGGCGUCUGGGCAAAUAUAUAGCCAAGAUAUCAGAUGAUCGUAUAUUGGGCGCCUAUGCGCUGACUGAGAUCGCUCACGGCACAAAUGCAAAUGGCAUGCGCACACGCGCCACUUACGAUGUCAAGUCGCAGGAGUUCAUUAUACACACGCCUGACUUUGAGGCAGCCAAGUGCUGGGUUGGCAAUCUGGGCAAGACCUGCACCCAUGCCAUUGUGUAUGCCCAGCUGUAUGUGCCGGACGAUAAACAUCAGGGUUUGAAUGCAUUCCUGGUGCCCAUUCGGGAUGAGCUUACACUGUUGCCCCUGCCAGGCGUCACAGUUGGUGAUCUUGGCGAGAAAAUCGGACUGAAUGGCAUUGACAAUGGCUUUGUUAUGUUCAAUCAGUAUCGCAUACCGAAGGCCAAUCUGCUGUCGAAAACGGGAGACAUUGAUGCGCAGGGCAAUUAUAACAGCCCCAUCAAGGAUCAACGUAAACGACUGGGCGCCUCGCUGGGCGCUCUGUCCACAGGUCGUGUUAAUAUUACAGCAAUUACUUAUGUGGCGCUUAGCAAGGCUGUGUGCAUUGCUACACGUUACUCGGCAAGCCGUCGGCAAUUCGGACCCCCCGAUAGCAACGAGGAAUGGCCAGUGAUCGAGUAUCAGUCGCAGCAAUAUCGACUCAUGCCGCAUCUGACAGCGGUAAUUGCAUUGCGUGUGGUCUCCCUUUGGAUUGGCAAGAAGAACAUGGACAUGAUGAUGCGGGGCAUGAUGGGCGAGGACACGUCUAGGGAGGGCAUGGAAAUCCAUGCUAUCUCAUCGGCCCUGAAGCCCUAUGCCACCUGGGCGGCUCGCGACGGCAUCCAGGAGUGUCGUGAAGCUUGCGGCGGGCAUGGCUAUUUGCGUGCAUCCGGCCUGGGUGAUCUGAGAAAUGAUAAUGAUGCCAAUUGCACGUACGAGGGUGAGAAUAAUACGCUCAUUCAGCAGGCCUCCAAUUGGCUGAUCAGCCUGCGUCGCAACAAUGCCAACUUUGUGGAGGCUUCUCCAUUGGAGACGGUCGCAUUCUUGAAGGAUAUGAAUGUGAUAUUGCAGACACGGGGGCAGGAGCAGAACGCCGGACAGGCUCUGGAUGUGCACAAUUUGCUGAAGGCGCUUAACUGGCUGACCGCUUGGUCACUGGACACAGCCGUCAAGCGCUUCGAGCAACUGCAGUCUGAUGGCAAGGAUGCCUUUGAGACACGCAACAAUAUUCAAGUGUUUGCCGCACAAAAGCUUUCCAUUAUCUAUGCAGAGCGCACCUCUUACUAUGUCUUCUACAAGUUUGUAACCAAUCUGCCAGCCUCGCCCGAGCAGCAGGUGUUGUUGAAGGUUCUUUCCUUCUAUGGUGCCAAUUUGAUUAUCAAAUAUUCGUCACUGUUCUACCAAGGUGGCUAUUUCCUCAAUAGCUCACAGAUUGAGCUCUAUCAGCAGGGCAUCCUUGGUCUACUCUCGGUGCUGAAAAAUGAAGCUAUUGCCCUGGUGGAUGCAAUUGCGCCCACAGAUUUCAUUUUGAACUCGCCAUUGGGCAUGAGCGAUGGCAAUGUCUAUCACCACUUGCAACGUGCAAUCGUUUCCACUCCAGGUGUCUAUGAACGUCCUUAUUGGUGGCGUGACGUUACCUAUAAGACCUAUCUAGAGCGCGCUAAGUUGUAAAAACCUAGAUUGCAUUUUUAUCAUUUUAUUCUCUUAAUAGUUUACUAAGUCUUAAUUGAGUGCCUUUAUUGUUAUUAAUUAUUCCAAACGAUCAGAAACUUGUACUUCAGAGCCUUUUACUGUAAAACUUAUAUAAAGCAUAUAUAGAUUAUUAUUCGUGCGUGAUAUAAAUACAAAUAUGAAUGUGCAAUAGUGCUGAUCAUAGAUCACACUUUUAUAUAUCUAAUUUUGUUAAGAUCAUAAAGUAAUGAAAUUUUUUUUUUGUUAAUCUGAUUUUUGUAUUUUUAAAAAUUGAUUUAUACAAAUAUAGUAAGUUUAUGGUUAUAAAUAAGUCCUCCUUAAUUUGAUCUUGUUAAUAUUAUGAAAUUGUUCGCACUACCUAAGAAUAUAUUGCAAUAAAAAUAACAUAUUGUUGUUAUUAUAA